CCUUGUCCUUGGGCAUAGACUUGUGAUUUGGAGCCGAUUCUGCUGUUUUUGAUUGAAUUUUCUGGCAUAGCGUGGCAUUGUACCAUUUUUCCAUCGGGACGGGGACUUUACAUAAGAAUGUCUUGCUUUUCUCCUCAGGUUCUCUGGACCGCCGUCCUUCAUGUGUUUCACUGGAACCUGGCGAACUGGGGCAAGCAUGGCGUACAUCAAAAAUUGGGUUAGGGGUUUGUGAGUUGCAUGGGUUGCUCUUUUCCUUUUCCUUUUAAAAUACAUAAUUUUCUUUCCUUUGUCCAUAUUGGGAAUGGCAAUCUUUCCUUUUCCUUUCUUUUCCUUUUUGGUUUCCUGUGGUGAUCUGGAGUUGAAUGUGAUUCUUUUUCCUUACCUAUAUCUGUCUAUCUAUCUAUAUGUAUAUAUGGCUGAUUUCGGUUUUCUCAUAUUUCCUUUUGGUAUCCAUGUCCAAUUUGAAGCGAAUAUGAGUAUAGAGCGACUGUUGUUAAAUAAGAAUGUCAUUGUUAGUAUUAUCGUCAUGAUCGCUAUAGUUGUGGGUGAAAUAUGUGCAUAACCCCUAAUCCAAGAUCCAAGUGACGGUAAUCUCGAUGGAUUGAAUUGGCCGCGUAUGUGCCAAGAAGACAAAGACCCUUUUCUCGUGUCAAAUCCCGAGGGAAUGAGUGGUUAAAAAUCUGGAUUGCUUGUUGAGAAUAUUUGGGUGAUUUUCCAAGUUCCAUAAGAGUAAGAGCAAUGUUCAAUGGUCUUGUUGUUGUUGUUGUUGGUGGUGGUGUUAGU